UAUGUAGUGAAGAAUUUCACAAAGAAAUUUGACGGCAUCAUGUAUUAUCUGAGUAGUUCAACAGGUAUGUUGCCCGCAAGAGUAGAUCUACUUUGUGGUUUCUGCUGUUACGGAAGCAGGAGCAGUAGCAGUGGAAGUAGAGAAUAGUCAGCUUUCAAAAUACUGGUUACGUGGCUGUGUAACCGGUGUCGGAAGAAAAAUAAUAAUGAUUAAACAGAUUCAAAUACGCUAAGAGCGCAAGAGAUGUCGUAUAACAAAUCAUUGUAUAUUGGUUUUCCUUAACUCGAGUAACCUCGUGAUGGAGAAGAGGGAGCAGAGGGCCCGUCGCGACCGACGAAGAGAUAGCAAGCGUAAUACUUUUCAGAAUGAUCAAGGAAAAGAAACAGUCAAGCCGCAGCAGUCUUCUGUGGAGGAAAAGAAAAUUGAUGCUCAAAAUGUAGAAGUAUCGAAUAAAAAGAAUACGUCAGAAGAGAAAGGCAAGACCAUUGAAGAUGAUCCUCUGAGAUUUGCAAACUUGAAACGAGAAACAGAUGAAAUUGCUGCGCUAAAAGCGAAAAAGCCACUUAAGAGACAGAUUUUCAGCAACUGGUCGAAAUAUGAAGAGCCAUUGCCAAGUCAAGACGAAAGUCGAGCUGUCGACUUUGAAACCCUCCUCCAUGCACCACAGUCAGGAGGUUUCAGGUUUAAAUCUGAGCAGCAAUGGGAUACUGGAAGUUACGGACGAUUCGGAGAAAUUUUCACACCAGAUGCCGAAUUGCUUGCUGGAGGUUUGACUUCACUACCAUUCUACAAGAGGCUCAACGUAGAUAAAACAUUGUUUUCAGAGGAUGAGAUCCAAAGGAUGGACAGAUGUGCAAAGGAAAAUUACAGAGCAUAUGAGAAAUUGAGUAAGUCCAAACCAAAACCAAAGGUAGCUGCCACUGACUUGUUCAAGAUUGAUCAGGCGGAGAAGUACAGUGUUGUGGAUCAGGUAAAUGAACAGACUGUAGAACUGAGUACAAACACGAGCAAACCUAUAUUUUCAGUAGAAGAGUCCCCAGAGAGAACACCUGCAGAACUUAUACUCUCGCCACAUCCUGCCAGCAGCAAUGCGAGACCAAAUGACCACAGCAGGGAGGGUAGGGUACCCACUGCACGUGUUCCCGAAGGGCCUGUGCAAGAUUUUCACUUUGGAAAGCCACCACCAUCCUCACUUGGUGCUGCUGAAAACUUGCACUCACAGACACCCGACAGAGAGCGUACGCCUCUCCGAGACAGUGGCCGGGAUGUGACAUCACCAGAGUUCCAUUUUGAGAGAGCACCACCACCUUCGUACACCUCAGGGAAUCUGAAGUCUCCAUUUCACAGCAGGGAGAGCACGCCGGCAAAAGAAGUUGCACCUGCGACAGUUGUCGGAAAGCCACCACCGUCCUCAUUCGGUGCAGCUGAAAACCUGCACUCACAGACACCCGACAGAAUGCAUACACCUCCCCGAGACAGUGGCCGGUGUGCAGUGUCACCAGAGUUCCAUUUCGAGAGAGCGCCACCACCUUCGUAUGCAUCUGGGAAUAUGAAGUCUCCAUUUCAGAGCAGGGAGAGCACACCGGCAAAAGAAACUGCACCUGUGACAGUGUCUCGAGGCUCUGGCAACUUGCAAGCUCCUGUGUCUCGGGCCAUGUCAGACGGACGGGUCACAGGUCGAGAAGGUACACCCGAGCCCACAGCUCCAGCUCCACCUGUCCGGGAGAGGGAAACGGUGCGAGACGACCGUCCGGGUGCCGCAAAGUUCGCUUCUUCAGUCGGCACGCCAUCUGAGGACGUUUCUCUCAGAGGUGGGGCAUCGGUCGAGGAACACGAUGACGAUAGUGCCUUGCGAGAGACCUCCCCAGUACGGAAAGCUACGUACGACCACCCACGAAUCACGCCUUCUGCCUCUCGGGAAUCGAAACACACUCUCGACAAAAUUCCUUCAGAAAUGGAAACAGUUCUUCAGAGGAACAGUGCAGAUGUGCGGGAAGAGCUGACACACCAGAAGUCUCCUCGUGAAAGAGACAUAGUUUCAGAGCAGAAGUUGGAGGAAAAUGGGCAGAUUUGCACAGAAAAUGACAGUUAUUCGAAGAAAGGAGGAAAGUCGGAUAUUAAAAAACCGGAGGGCCAGCAGAGAGGUGGAGGGAGGCACGGUCGGAGAAAGAAAGGGCAGAAUGCGUCGGCUCGAGGUGUGGAGCAGCUCCGGGUGGAGUCCGCUGAUGUGGCAGAACCGGAGGUGGAGGCCAGUGUCCACACUACUGCGAAAGCCGACGUGCAGGAGGAGACGAGGCACGAGGAACCGCGUCCAGCCGAAGGGGCGAAAAAGAAACCGGAGCGACCGCCACCUCCGGCAGUACUACAGCAGGAUCGUCAGCAGUCACCUCUGCCGGCACCACAGCCGAGCUCUGCUCCGGCUGUUGUUGGACAGCCCGAAACCAAAGCUACACAGCCUUUGGCCAACAAAGCUGAGGAACCAAAGGCUCAACAAGUGAAAGUGCCUGCGACAACUCCUGACAGCCAAGCAGAACCGCCCCAGAUAAAGACAGCAGCAAGUACAAAAGUAGAGCCCAUACUGAAAGAGCGGAACACGGCGGGCCGUGUGGACGACAGUGGACUGAAUUUCCUGAUGUCACUGAGAGGCCAGAAGGUGGGAGGGGUCAGCGAAGUGGAAGCUGCAAAGUUGGCUGCGGGUGCCACAGUAUCAAGAUCUGCGAUAGAAGAAGAUGAAAAAGAGUCACAAAAGCCAAAGCCUCCACCAGUGAUAGCUGCAGAAAAGAAAGAGGACCUCGAAGAUUGGCUCGACUCGAUGCUGGACGACUGACGUGGGCAGAUACUCGGCACACCUGCCCAUAACACAGUAAUAAUGAACUCUACAUGCAUUGCUUUCUUUGCUUUAUUUACAGCCUUAAGUUUCAGCUCCUUUUCAUAUAAUAACUAUGCUGUAAAAAAAUAUGUUUUAUUUUGAGCCAUUUAAUUUUGUCGAGCUUAAGUCUCUAAGUCUUCUGCUCAUGAAGAUCUAUGUAUAUACAUUUACAGCUAAUAUGUUAUGAUAUACUUUACUGUAACACCACUACCUUAUGUGUAAUUUAUGGAAGAGUGUAUCUGUGCUUAUUUAUUUGUGUUAGCACUUUCUGUACUUAAUUCAG